AUACAGGUACUAGAGGCACUGAAGCUGAUGAGAUUGACAGAGAAAGAAUAGAAAAAUGGCUCGAAGAAGGUGAAGUUGAGCUAAAAGUCACUCGUAUCAAUAUGCAUGGUGCACCUGGAGCUGGUAAAACAUGCUCGCAACAUCUCCUACUUAAUGAGCCACCACCUGCACCUCGUGACAAACUCACUGAUAGUACACCAAUAGCCUGUGCUGCUGUUCAAGCAACAAGAAUAUCCAUUGAUGAUAAAAAUAAAAAGUGGGAGAGGGUUGAAUUGGAAGAUUUAGUUAGCCAGCUAGCAUCUACACAAGUUGAUAAAGCACCAGAUGACGUACUUGAAGCUCAAUCAGAUGAACCAUCUGUGAAAGUGCCAGUAGUAAAUCAGCCUAACAACAAUGAAUUGCCUGCAAAUGAACCAACAGAGAAUAAAUCAGACAGGAUUAAGCCACAUGAGAAUAAACCAAACAAGAAACCAAUUGAAAAUACAACAACAGAUCUAGAGAACAAAUUAACCAAAAAGAAACCAAAUAAAAAGUUACCAAGCAAUACAGAAGUAGUUAAAAGAAUUUUACAUGCUUUUAUAACUGGAAAGUCUAAAAAGUUAAGCACAAAUUGGGUUUAUUUUAUUGAUUCCGGUGGUCAACCAACAUAUCGAGAGUUGCUACCUCUUUUUACCAGAGCAGCUGCACUGAAUAUCAUCACCAUUGAUCUUACCAAAGAUCUAGAUGAAAAGUGCAAAUUUCAAUAUCGUAUUAGUCAAAAUACGUUUCCUAUUGAGACGAAGCUAGAGUAUUCUAAUCGUGGCAUUAUUCAAUCAACAAUUAGCUCUGAAGCAAUGUUGAAUCUUGUCAAAUUUCCUUAUGUGUCUGACAUGCCUAGGCACUCUCGUUAUCUUAUUCUUGGUACACGUAAAGAGUUGGUAACUGAGGAAAAGCUAAAAAAAAUGAAUGAAGAUCUGAUAGAAUAUAUUGCUAAUAGAAAAGUUAUUCCUUAUAAUAAGCGUCAAGGCUCGAUUAUAUUUCCAGUUAAUACCAUGCUCCCUGCUGACUCUGAAGAAAGAGAAAAGGCUAGUGUAGACCUUUGUACUACGAUUUCAAAUUUUGGAGUUGCCAUGACCAUUCAGUUACCGAUUCGACUGUUUACUUUUGAGAUUUCACUGCAGAUAGAAGCUAAGAAGAAGGAACGGAGCUUCCUUACAAAAGAAGAGGUAAUUGAGAUUG